AUGGCUGCAAUCAUACGUUUCUUCAGUCGGCGAUUUGGUCGGAAGAAGGCCGAUGAACAGGCCCCGAGUCAUAUGGACGAAGCGAUGGCGGUAAGCAAGACGAAGAAGACCAAAAAGUCCGAUUUGGGUUGUCGUGUAACUUAUCUGGACGGUACUGAGCAAACAUUCUACCUUCCGAAAAACGCUGAUGCCUCACAGCUGUUCGAUAUCGCGUUUGCCUAUAUCGGUGUUAUAGAAGAACGGGACUACUUUGGUUUGAAAUAUUGCGGGAAGCAGGAUUCCUGGCUCGAUCCAACCAAGAGUAUAAGGAAGCAGUGUGAGGGCAGCCCUCCAUACAAUAUUCUUUUUCGGGUUAAAUUCUUCGCCUCCGAUCCGCAUCAUCUACGUGAUGAAUACACGCGAUAUCUAGUGGUGCUGCAACUGCGCGAGGCGAUACACACUGGGCAGCUCAAAUCGGAGUUUGGCGACUUCGAUCCUCGUCAACACACGCCUGUUUUCGUCUCUACCUUCCGGUUCCUGCCUGAGGCUGAGCAAACAGAGCAGUUUGAACUCGAUGUGCUUGCUCAAUAUCGCGCUUUAGCAAACCGUAAUCUCACACCAGCUGAUGCAGAAGCCCUUUAUUUGGAAAAGGCUCGGCAUAUUCCCACGUACGGAAUCGAUAUGCACACUGUCAGAGGCAAGGACAACCAGGAUUACAAUCUGGGGUUGACGCCGACUGGUAUAUUGGUCUAUCAAGGCGAUUCCAAGAUUGGUUUGUUCUUCUGGCCCAACAUUUUGACAAUCGCAAUGAAUGGCCAAAAGCUAAAGAUUGUGGUUGCCGAAGAAAACGAAACCACUAGGCAAGUCACCGAGCACUCAUUCUGUUUCGUCUUACCGAACAAAUCUGCUUGUAAAAACCUGUGGAAAAGUGCCGUUGAACACCACACGUUCUUCCGCCUGACUGAUCGAAGUCAGCCUCCACCGAAACGUAAACAACUCUUCCGUCUCAGAUCACGAUUCCACGCGAGUUUUCGCACCGAGUACCAAUUGCAAAAUCCAGAUUUGUUUGGGAGCAGUAGCUUUCGUAAAAAGAAAAAGCCCGUUUCCAGUGGAAUGUCAUCUCCCACUGCCACAAGUCCCCCACCGUCCUCCGGUGACCGAUUCGGCAAAGCAGCAACACCUGGCAUUACGCGGACAGCUUCAAGUUUUCGCAGGACUCCUAGCAAACGUUUUAACAGCAGACCGAGUUUCUCCAAUCGCAGUGCUUUAGAGGAGCGCCGAGCUAAGCGUCAUCGAGUUCCGCCUUCAGAGGAAACUCUGCAAUCCAACGCAUUUGACAAGGCUCGUACCGUUGUCAAUGUUGAACGAGCUUGUCUACGGGAUCCGAACUGGGUACCCUCUGGCUCACCCGGCAGCUCUGGUACUGGACCGAGAAUCCGCACGCGGCCAGUGGAAUAUCCGCCUAAAUCCUCUCCAACGCCAUCUCCGAUUGCAGUCCGCGUGACGCCUCAACUCUCUCGUCGACAAGCUCCUUCACCACCGGUAAAAUCGGCGAGUAAACCCAAUGGAGCUGGUGUACCCGUAAAUCGAUGCCCGGCUGAGGAAUGUUUUGAAGUGACCGUUUGACUCCAGACGGAUCCGUUGAACCAACCAACAGUGGCUUUGAUGGGAAUCAGUUGUGCAGUUGAUUGUUCACAGUCGCCACCACCUUCCAAGCUUUUAUCUAGAUUUCAAUGCAACGUUAGGUUAUUUCAGCUUUUUGCUUUUCAUGCUAUCACCUUGUUAGCACUUGCGUGAGACUAGGAUAAUCUGAUUGUCGGUUCCAUCCCGAUCAAAACGACCAAUCCGCUCUACUUGCACUUUCCCAUGGUGUUUGGACCAUGCGAAUAUCAUAUCAUAUCAUGUUGUAUCACAUAUCGGUCUCCUGUACCAUUUCUUUCACAUAUCGGUGCCUUUGAACCUCUGUUUUUCCAAUCCUUUUGUUGCUUCUUUUCCAUAUACACAUACACGGAUAUUUUCUACGUUCUUCUGUGUGAUAGAUUCCGUAUAUUGUUUUUUUUUAAAACGUAUGUCCUUUUUGCACUCGACAACAACCCAAUACACAUAUCCCUGCUUCUUG